AUGAAAGAGUUCAAUAUCAAAUCAGAUGAUGAAAUUGUUUCGUUCGCGACAUUAUUUGGCAUGUGUGAUUACAUAACGUUUACGCUAGCUGCAGCCAAGUUCAAUUCUUAUAAACUAAUGCCGUAUGGACCGUUGGAAUCGUUUCUACCGUAUUUAGCUCGACGUGCACAAGAUAAUCGAGCAAUAUUUAAAAAAGCGGAGAAAGAUCGAUUACUUAUGUACAAAGCAUUGAGAGACCGUCUGUUCAAAACUCAGCAGUGGUGUUAG